AUGCCAGGGGAACGAACUGGAAUGGCCAUCAGUUACCCCAGCACUCUUAAAGACGUAACAACGCAUAUGUUUACAUAUUUGCUACAUCUAUUAUUAAUAUAUAUUUAUGGUCACAAUAGAUCUAUUUUUGGUCGCAGUUUCAUAAGUCAUCGACAUUGCGGCACCGGUCAACCACGGAUAACGUUCCAUUCACAGCUUUUACCCAUCUUCUACCGUGUAGCAGAGAUGCGGGUCUUACACAGAACGCUAUUUUUAAUUUCCAUCUACAAGGUUCCCCUUAGAAUAAAUGAAAAAAUCUGUCAUUUUAAAACCCUCUCAAAAAGCAAUGAAAUUUCUUGGGUACAAAAUUGCCCCAGUGUUACUUGA